AUGCUUGUUAGGCGCCAUGGGCUGAAUCAAAUUGCCAGAGUGGCUUCGCGCCUCUCAAUCGCUCCUGUCGGGUUCGCGGCAACAAGGUGUUAUAGUCAACCAGUUGAACCGAACGAUGUUGCCAUUCUAGGUGGAGGUAUUACUGGUCUCGCUACCGCACAUUACCUAUCUCGAUCGAACCCAAAUCGCAAAGUCACCAUCUACGAAAGCUCGCCACGACUCGGUGGCUGGUUGCACACGGAAAAGGUGGAGAUAGACGAUGGACACAUUCUCUUCGAAAAGGGUCCGAGGACGUUACGUCCAGCUGGCAAUGGUUCUUUGACCGCUCGUCUGGUCAGUCAACUUGGUCUCGAAGAUGAUACCAUCUUCACCAUGAAGACUGCUCCCGCUGCUACGAACCGCUUCAUCUACUAUCCGGACCAUAUCGUUCGUGUGCCUGCGCCGCACCCAAAGCUAGGCGUCGGACAGAAUGCAAAUGCUUUAGCUCACGCUCUUACAUACGAGCCUGCUUUCAAAGGCAUUCUUGGACGUGUUCUACUUGAGCCUUUCAGACCUGGCAGACAUCCCAGUGUGACCGACGAGUCUGUCGGUGACUUCUUCGCUCGACGCAUAGGUCGGAGAUUGGUCGACCAGGUCAUGUCGGCCGUUGUUCAUGGUAUCUAUGCUGGUGACAUCUACCAACUCAGUAUGAAGAGUAUAUUUCCCAGUCUCUGGAGAUUAGAAGAAGAGCAUGGCAGUAUUAUCACUGGCCUGGUGCAUAACAUGGUCGAAGGAGCACAAGUUCCCAUGAAAGAGCUAGAGUUCAUCAACACCAUGAAGGAACCUUAUCCAUUUGGUCAGGAGUUUCGAAAGAACUUCCGCAGGUCGAAUGUGUUCACGUUCCGGUAUGGUCUUCAGCAAUUGGUCGACAAAUUGGAAGAGUCAUUGAAACAACAGCCGAACGUAAUCUUCCAGCUUGGCCAAGAAGUCACCGACAUCAGAAACACCGAACACAAGGUUGAGCUCGAAGCCACACACUCGAAGGAAGGAUCGGCCUCGAAGCACAGGCACACUCAUGUCAUAUCUACUUUGUCUCCAGACAAGACAUCGCAGGCCGCUUCGCUAAUGAAUCGUGACUUCCUGAGCUUACCUAUCUGUCCGACUCCAACAGUAAUGACUGUCAACCUAUAUUACCGCAGUUCCGAUAUUCAUCCGCCUGGCUUUGGGUACCUCAUACCUCUUGGAAUAUCCAUGGAUCAGAAUCCAGAGCGUGCGCUAGGUGUCACUUUCGAUAAUGCUUACUCAGCCGCAACACCAGACGACAAAGACUUCGUUGGCCCCCUGCAGGAUACUGUGUCCAACCGAGGAACAAAGGUCACGGUCAUGCUGGGUGGCCAUUACUGGGAUGGCUGGUCAUCGUACCCUACCAAUGAAGAAGGCCUGCAGAUGGCGCAGUCUAUUAUGGAGAGACAUCUUGGCGUGACAGAAAAGCCCGCGGCUCACAAAGUCAAUCUCAAUCUCAACUGCAUCCCUCAGUACACUGUCGGAUUCGAAGACCGAGUGAAGAGGUUCCACGAUGAGCUCUCAUUGCGUUACUCUGGACGUUUACGCGUUGCUGGGAACUGGGUCAGAGGUGUGGGUGUCAACGAUUGCAUCAGAAGCGCAUGGGACGUAGCGCGUGAGCUUGAUACUAGCAACUUGACUGGACUCGAGUGGAUCGUGAAGCCAAAGAACUGGGUUACGGUCCAGGUGAAAGCCAAAAAAUGA